AUGUCGAGACGACGAACCUCUGUCACCAUUAACGACGGCGUUAUAAGCUCAUCCAGCUCCUUCGAAGAGGGAGAAUCCUCCAGACACGGAAGCCACGAGUACAGUUCCUCACAGGCAGACGGUGAAGAUCAUUGGGACGAACCUUACGACGAAAUCGAUCCGUCCGACUCCGCCUCGGCCAGUGCUGACUACAAGCCACCACUGCGACCACACAGCGCCCGUCCUCAGCGCUCCGGUUCGCGCCGACACAAGAUCCCACACGCCAGACAGUCCUUCACCUACCGCGCUCCUCCUGCACCAAUGAGUGAACCCCCCGACGAAUAUGGUCUUUCGUACGGCCGCGGCUACGGGCCGCCACCGGGACCACCACAGCUGCCCCAAAAUCCCAACUACUAUGGUGGCAGAGGGCAUCAGCCCAGCUACCCGCAGAGUCACGUUGGUGGAUUCAUGCCGCCGAAUCAUUACGCGCAGCAGGUCGUGCCUUACAGCAACUACCAACAUAAUAAUCCCUUCGCCCCUAUGAACGGCGCGAACGGCUCCAACUACUUUGGGGAGCAUCGCGCUCCGUAUGAUAUGAUACCAUACCAGCAGCAGGGUUACUAUGGCGGCGGAGGCCCCGGAGGCCCCGGAGGAUAUGGUAUGCCCCCACCACAUCUUCAGCAGUACAUGUAUGCCAACCCUCCACCCCCGGCACCUACGGAACAUCCCGGUGCUCCCCCGACCCCGGCUCCCCCUCCAGAAAAGAAACCGGACCCCGAGGUUGAAGCGAUGAAGGCCCAACUCGAGCUUUUCAAGAAAGAGCAGGCCAGGAAGGAAGACGCUGAGAGGCAAAGGGAGCUGGAGGAAAAGAUCAGGAGAGACGCAGAAGAGACCUUGCGCAGACGGAUGGAGGAGAUUCGAAGGGCGCAAGAAGAGGCCAAGAAGGAGAUUGAGAAGGCAAAAAUCGAGGCGGAGAGGGCGGCGCGGGACAAGAUAGAGUCGGAACGCAAGGCCGACGAGGAGAGGAGGCGGCUCCACGAAGAGGCCCUGAAACGGGCCGAACGCGACGCGAGGGAGAAACUCCAGGCCGAGAUGAAGGCCCUCGAGGAGCAAAAGAUCAAGGACGCACGGGCCGAGGAGGAAAGGAGAAGGCGCCACGAGGAGGCCAUGAAGCGUGCCGAGCAGGAGGCGAGAGAUAGGCUCGAGGCUGAGAUGAGAGCUCUCGACGAGCGGAGACUCAGGGAGGCAGAAGCCGCCGCUGCGGCAGAAGCUGCGGCAAAAAAGAAGAUCGAGGCCGCCAUGAAGGCCGAAGCCGAAGCCAAAGCAGCUGCCGAGAAAAAGGCCGCGGAAGAGGCGGAAUGGCGGAAGAAGCUGGAAGAGGAGGCCAAGCUGAAGGCCGAAAUCGACGCGCGCGCCAAACUCGAGGCGGAAAGGAAGGCCGCUGAGGACGCAAAGGCGGCCGAGGAGGCAAAGAAGAAGGACGAGGAGGCCUUCAAGAAGAAGGUGCUAGAAGAGGCCAAGACGAAGGCGGAGGAGGCCGCGAAAAAGAAGGAGAAGCCACCGAUCAAGUUCAAGGACGCCGUGGGACGGAAAUUCAGCUUCCCGUUCCACCUGUGCCAGACCUGGCCGGGCAUGGAAGAGCUCAUCAAGCAAGCAUUCCUUCAUGUCGACGUGAUUGGGCCACAUGUCCAGGAAGGUCAUUAUGACCUGGUUGGACCCAACGGCGAGAUCAUUCUCCCUUCGGUAUGGGAGAGGGUCGUUGAACCUGACUGGAGUAUCACGAUGCAUAUGUGGCCCAUGGACAAGGUCCCCUUGCGCGGACACAUGGCGGGCCGGCCCGGAAUGCCCUUCCCCCCGGGGGACCCUCGGAACGAUCCCCGCCAUCCGCACCACAGGGCCGCCGCCGCCGCCGGAAUGGCACACAUGGCUGGCAUGCGGCCCGGCACAGUGAGGCCGGGGGGCAUGGGAGGUGCAGUACCGCCGCCGCCGCCUCCUAAUUGGGCUGGCAUGCGGGGGAUGGGUCCUCCCGGUCCUGAUCCGCGGAGAGGGAGCCCCGCCGCUGUCGUUGUGGAUGCAGCUCCGCCACGCGUCAAGAAGGCCGGAAAGUCCGGCAGCACCGUUCUCGGGUGGAUGGCCGGCAGCAAGAAGCCGGUGAAGAACGGCAAGAAGUAUGUUGCGCCCACUUUCCCUAUUUUCCCCUGA